UUCCUGUGGCAGAGAAAAGAGGUAGUGAGCUGGGGUUUCAGGAUGUGAGGGCCUGCAGCAGCUAGCGGGCCCUCUCCUCCCGUCUCCGCUCCGUGCCAGCUCUGGUCCCCAUGGUGGACUCACCCCGUGGUGGUCACCCCUGAACAGAGGAGGCAUGCCAGGGAAGCCCAAGCACCUGGGUGUCCCCAACGGGCGCAUGGUCCUGGCUGUCUCAGAUGGAGAGCUGAGCAGCACCACUGCCUCCCAGGGCCAGAGCGAGGGCCGAGGCAGCUCCCUCAGCAUCCACAGCCUCCCCAGUGGCCCCAGCAGCCCCUUCCCCGCCGAGGAGCAGCCUGUGGCCAGCUGGGCCCUGUCCUUUGAGAGGCUGCUGCAGGACCCACUGGGCUUGGCCUACUUCACUGAAUUCCUGAAGAAAGAGUUCAGUGCUGAGAACGUGACCUUCUGGCAGGCCUGCGAGCGCUUCCAACAGAUCCCCGCCAGCGACACCCAGCAGCUCGCUCAGGAGGCCCGCAGCAUCUACCAUGAGUUCCUGUCCAACCAGGCACUGAGCCCCGUGAACAUCGACCGGCAGGCCUGGCUGGGCGAGGAGGUGCUGGCGGAGCCGCGACCAGACAUGUUCCGGGCGCAGCAGCUGCAGAUUUUCAACCUGAUGAAGUUCGACAGCUACGCGCGCUUCGUCAAGUCCCCGCUGUACCGCGAGUGUCUCCUGGCGGAGGCUGAGGGCCGCCCCCUGCGGGGACCCGGCUCCUCGCUCCUCGGGAGCCCAGAGACCACCAGAAAGAAGCCGAAGCUGAAACCCGGGAAGUCGCUGCCACUGGGCGUCGAGGAGGUGGGGCAGCUGCCGGCUGAGGGCCCCGGGGGCCGCCCGCUCCGCAAGUCCUUCCGCAGGGAACUGGCUGUGGGGGCCACCAACCUGCGCCGGGAGUCACAGGGGUCCCUCAACUCCUCUGCCAGUCUGGACCUCGGAUUCCUGGCCUUCGUUGGUAGUAAAUCUGAGAACCACCGGAAGAGCCUGGGCAGCUCUGAGGGUGAGAGUGAGAGCCGCUUGGGGAAGUACUGCUGCGUGUACCUGCCUGACGGCACAGCUUCCCUGGCCCUGGCCCGGCCCGGCCUUUCCAUCCGUGCCAUGCUGGCUGGCAUCUGUGAGAAGCGGGGCCUCUCUUUGCCCGACAUCAAAGUCUACCUGGUGGGCAACGAGCAGAAGGCCCUGGUGCUGGACCAGGAUUGCACCGUGCUGGCGGACCAGGAAGUGCGGCUGGAGAACCGGAUCACUUUCGACGCCCCGCUCCCGUGCAGGCUGGAGUCUCCCGCACUGGAGCGCGUGGUGCGGAUCUCGGCCAAGCCCAGCAAGCGCCUGCAGGAGGCGCUGCAGCCCGUCCUGGCCAAGCACGGCCUGAGCCCGCAGCAGGUGGCGCUGCGCAAGCCCGGCGAGGAGCAGCCGCUGGACCUGGAGAAGCUCGUGAGCUCCGUCGCCGCCCAGAGGCUGGUUCUGGACACUCUCCCAGGUGUGAAGACCCCCGAAGCCGGUGACAAAUCCCCCUGCAACAGCCAGGGCGGCCACCCCAGGACCCAGAACAAGGCCACCCUCACUCCCCCUGGGCCCCACCACUCGCUGUCUGAGAAGCCCAGUGGUGCCCCUUCAAAGCGCCAGACCUGCGAUAUUGAAGGCCUGGUGGAGCUGCUGAACCGGGUGCAGAGCAGCGGGGCACACGACCAGAGGGGCCUUCUGCGCAAAGAGGACCUGGUGCUCCCCGAAUUCCUGCAGCUGCCGGCCCAGGGCCCAAGCUCCCAGGAGGCGCCCGCACAGACUGAAUCGGCCACAAACUCGGCCCUCUGAUGGCCACCACGUGGCACCGGCGGGCCGAGCAUGCCCGGGGCCCGCCAUGCAUGCCUGUGUGUGCCAGGAGUAUCCCCGGCCCCUCCUGUUUCAGGCAGGCCCACCGGCAGAGCUGGGAGUGGGGAGGGGCCCAUAUCCCACAGC